UUAUAAGAUUCUACUUGAUGGCCAUUGUUUAAGGAGAAGAAGAGCAGCAGCAGCAGCAACAAUAACAACAAACAUGGGCAACGGAGGUUGUGUGGAUGGGCAGCUAGUCACCAUAUUGUCUGGUUCACCUGUUCCUUUAAUCGGCCUCUAUAUCGCAGUUGCAACAUUGGUAUGCUCCUUUUGCAUGACUUUUGAUCUGGUGUAUGGAUUAUUCAUUCGUAAGAAGCCUUUGAUACCAUGUAAAUUGUUCUCUAUGAACGCAUUCACCAUGAUGCUGCUAGCAAUAGCCACUAAAAUCCCAGUUGAUCUUACCACACCUAUGCCUAGAGCUGAGGAUCAGCUCUCCAAGCUCACUGGGACUGCAUUGCUGUGCACCACACUGGGGUAUUAUAUGCCCUCACUAGGGACUAUGAGCACAUCCGAGCACUACAGCAACAUGGCAGCAUUGAGUGUGAUGGUGAUUAGUAUGGUUGUUAAUGUGUGUAUACAAAUAGGCACAGGUGUGAUCUUUGCCUUCACAAUUGAACACAUCAUCAUCAUGGUUUGUAUCUUAGUAUUGCUUUUGUUGAUGUGGUCAUCUUCUAUAGCAUUUAGAGGCCAAAAAUUUUACUCAAGUAAUAUUUAUAAGGCUUUAAUGUGUGCCGAAAAAGCCAAAGAAGCAAAGGGCUUGCAGGGAAUGAAAAGUUUAUUAGAGAAGGUUCAUGAACUCAACUAUAUUGGCAACCCUCAGAUAUUGUUAUGUCGAACUUGGCAUCAUCACACUUUUGGCUUACUAUGUACCCUUUCUUCAACAGUUGUCUUACAAGCCAUGUUCAGGUUGUUUAUCCUAAAAAACAUGAGGUUAUGUAGUAGUGGUGGUGGUGGUGGUGUUUCUGACUACAGAUGGUCGAUUCCCAUCAUAGUUGUGGCCCAAUUUCUAACUAUUGUUGUGGGAACUUUUUCAAUCAUCUAUAGAUGGCUCUCUUUUCUCAGCCAUAUGGAACGAGAAAAUGCCGAUACGUUUUUACAACCAAUACAAGAAUUAGAAUAUCUGAAGUUGAAGACCUUCUUAUCUUCUAGGUUCCCCAUCACUAAAAAACUCUCCAGGAUCUUUCUAGUGGCAAAAAACUUUAUCAUGGAUGUGCUUAUAUGGACCCAAAUUGUGUUGAAUAAAUGCAGCAGAAGCUUUAUUGGGCUCCCAAUUUAUGUUAUUAAGAAUUUCUUGAAAAGUAUAAUUACAUUUAGUCUGAUUAUCUUCUGCAACUAUACAAAUCAGGAUAAUGAAAGCAAUCUUACUUCAAUAAUGGAGGCUGCUUUUCGUCAAAACACAAUAGGGGGUGCUAUGUUAUCAUUAAUGUUUUUGGAAGCAGACCCUCUCAACCAUUGGAUAAGUAUAAAGGCCGAGAGUGAAAUGACGAGAUGGAAAAAUAAGUAUGAGAGAGACACUCAACCAACUCAUCUCAUCCAAUUAAUAUCCAAAUGGCCCAUUUUUGCUUCUAAUAAAUCAGAAUGUGGUGCCCUUUUUAUAAGAAAAUUAGAAGCUAAAGGGGAAGGAUUUUUACAAGGAUCUACCGACACAGCAUUUUUGAGAGAAAUAUUCGAAAUCGAAUACAAGUACAAAGUUUCAUGCAUAUCAAUCCUAGUUCUUUCAAGAAUUCUUGAAGAAUUGAUGCCAUCUUCCCGUGGAGAAUCUCUAAUGCACAGCUUAAAAGCCUUAGAUGAAUCAUUUGAAUCCAUUUGUUUUGUCGACCAGAAGAUUACUGAUACUCCCAACAUGUUAGAUGAAGCAAGAUGGAUGUCAGCAAAUGAUGUGUGGGCUCAAUGUGAGAAUCCCAACCACUGGUUCCAAACUAAGAUCAUCUCGCCUGCAUUUAAGAGUUUCUCAUUGAAGAAAUCCGAAUCAUUACAGCUACAUUCUGCCCUUGGGUGUCUUGAGCAUGCUGCUCAAGCUGUAAAAAAAGAGUUCAGGCAAAAUUUUAAGGAGUUUAGAACUUUUCCUGUCUUGCCGUUGGCUGAAAAGCACAUGGGUUUGAUCGCAAUGGAGUUUGUAAUCAUUUGUGAAUUCCUUCAAGAGCAAAAUUAUGAAUCAGUGAAUCAUCUAUUUGAUUUCUUAGAAAUGUGUUUCGUAAAGAUGCUUUGUUCUACACUCUCCAGUCUCCCACUUGCCAUAAUGAAGGAGCUCGAGGAUGGAGAUAAUCCAACGGAACUAAGUGAAGGAAGAGUCAGAAAAGCCCUAAAAUUCCUUCAUGUACUUGAGUUGUUAGAGGGCAGAAUCGAAUGGUCAUGGCCACCCAAAUUUGACCCUAAAAGUCGUCAAGCAAAUGAUGUUCAAGCUGAGCCUAACCAAACUACCAGGCAACACUACUACAACUGCAGUUGUUCCUGAUUAUUGUAGUUCAGAAGUUGAUGGAAAGAUUGGCAAUAGUGAUGCUUCCCUCACUUUUGCUGCUGCUUCUGAUGCAAAUAGAGAAAUUGGAUCUGAUGAGAUUGUUUGAAUACCAAUGUCAUUACUACUUCUUUGCACUCAAUUUCUACUUUGGUGGCAAAGGUAGUGAGAUUGAAGUAGAAGCCAGAGGGCUCUUUCAAGAGAUGGAUUCAUGCAGGAAGGUGGGAAUCAAAUCAGUUGAGGUGUUGACCAACUCCAAGAGACCGAUAUCUCUAAUUCAAAUACUUUUUAAUAUUCAAUUGGGUUGUAAUAAUUACUUUGGCAGUUUUACUAUUAAGUGUGUAUUGGGUUAUAAUAACUUUUACUCUUUUACUAUUUUGUGUUUAUAGGAUUGUAAUAACUUUGACUGUUUUACUAUUAUAUGUACUAAUUAUGAUC